CCAACACUCAGUAGUCGGCGCGAGCGCAGUCAAGUAUCACGCACCAUUGCAAACGCGACCUCAAGCCGAAAAAUGGCUUGCGCGCAUAACAGAAAGUGUACCCUAUGGUUUCAAGCUAGCUUAAUUUUCUUCCUAAAUCUCUCCUUCGCUAAACCACAGUUAGAUCUGCCACCUAUUUCUGGAUCCAGUACCCAACGUUACGGCGGCUACGGACUCCUAACUAGCACACAAGGACCGAUAAAUUCCCCCGGGAACCAAUUCCAGAAUCAGAACUUCCAAUUCUCGACGGCGCGACCUAAUCAGAAUACUCCAGGGGUUUAUUCUGUAUCGUCAACUCCUUUCAGCAAUGGAAUCAGCCCUGAUAUAAGUAACAACGGGUACCCUAACAACAAUUUCGCGAAUCCCAGUUCGACGUUACGACCAUUCGAUGACAGGAAUCGGGAUGACAGAAUCGAUGUCAACAACGAUCCGAAUUUUCGAAGGAACGAUCCCAAUUUCGCUAGAAAUGACCCGAAUUACGUCGGAGUGAAUCCGUUUGAUUUUAAUAGGGGGGUUGAUAAUAAUAAUAUCGAUGAUAGGUUUCAUCAGGUCAAUGUGCAGCAGAUCAGGGAUUUUCUGGUGAAGGCUGACGAGCAGGCUUCGAAGGAAUGCACCAACAAUGUGGCGGCUCAGUGGAACUUCGAGACCGAUGUUAAUGACGCAACACAACAUGCUGCUUUGGACGCCCAGCAACGCUACACACUCUUCCAGCGAGGGUUGUGGGAGGCGGCUCAGCAGAUCCCUCGUCAGGCUGUGAGGGACUAUGGCACCUUCAGACAACUCCGGCUACUGUCUAUCAUAGGCCCCAGUGCGUUGCCCCCCGAUCAGUUAGACAGAUAUAACCGAAUCAUUAACGACAUGCUAGCCGUAUACAACACGGCUGAAAUCUGCGCUUACAACGAGCCCUUCAAGUGUGGUCUACACCUCCAACCCGAGCUCCAGUUCAUCAUGUCCCACUCCAGAGAUUGGGACGAGCUGUCCCACGUGUGGACCGAGUGGAGGAGGAACACCGGGAGAAGAAUCCGGGACUUGUACGAGCAACUCGCCGAUUUAACCAACCAGGCCGCUAGGUUGAACAAUUUCACUGACGCGUCUGCUUACUGGAUGUUCCCGUAUGAGUCCGGGAACUUGAGGCAGGAGGUGGAGGAGGUUUGGGAACAGGUGAAACCAUUAUACGACCUCCUUCACGCCUACGUCCGUCGUCGUCUUCGGGAAGCCUACGGUCCCGAGAGGAUCUCCCGGUCUGCGCCCAUCCCCGCCCACGUCCUUGGGGACAUGUGGGGCCAGAGCUGGUCAGGGAUCGUGCCGUUCACCCUGCCAUAUCCAGGGAAGACGCUGGUCGAUGUUACACCAGAAAUGACUCAGCAGGGCUACACCCCAGUGACAAUCUUCCAACUGGCCGAAGAGUUCUUCGUGUCCAUGAACAUGUCGGCGAUGCCCCAGGACUUCUGGGCCCUCAGUGUGCUGGACCAGCCUCCGGACAGACACAUACACUGUCAACCUUCUGCCUGGGACUUCUGUAAUCGACACGAUUACCGCAUCAAGAUGUGCACCCACGUGGACAUGAAAGACCUGGUGACCGCUCACCACGAGAUGGCUCACAUCCAGUACUUCCUGGCGUACAGGAAUCAGCCCAAGGUGUUUAGAGACGGUGCCAACCCUGGUUUCCACGAAGCGAUAGGGGAAGCCAUAGCCCUCUCAGUGGCCUCUCCCCGCCACCUUCAGACCUUGGGCCUGGUCCAGCGUUCAGUGGACGACACGGCCCACGACACCAACUACCUCUUCACCCAGGCUAUGGACAAGCUGGCCUUCCUCCCGUUUGCGCUGGUCAUGGAUAGAUGGCGCUGGGAUGUCUUCACUGGGGACGUAAGGAAGGAGCAAUACAAUUGUCAUUGGUGGAGACUAAGGGAGCAGUAUCAAGGCAUCAAACCCCCUGUGCUCAGAUCGGAGCUGGACUUUGACCCUGGAGCGAAGUACCACAUUCCUGCUAACAUCCCGUACAUAAGAUACUUCGUAAGCACAAUCUUACAGUUCCAAAUCCACCGGGCGAUAUGCGAGAGGACCGGCCAGUUCAUCCCAGGGGAUCCCACCAGACCGCUCCACAAGUGCGACUUCUACAGGAACCCUGAAGCUGGUAGAAUACUGACUCGCCUCAUGGAGCGUGGAUCAUCGGCGCCCUGGAACCAGAUCCUGCAGGACGCUAUCGGGGAGACCAGGCUGAACGGGGAGGCUCUCAGGGACUACUUCAGACCAUUGGAGGACUGGCUCAGGAGCGAGAACCUGAGGACUGGUGAAUACUUGGGCUGGAGUUACGAUGGGGAUUAUUGCAAAUUCAGCAUCGAGACAGCUGGUCUACAAGUAUACGGUGGAUUCUACAACGCGGCCGCUCAGAACUACGACACCACCAGCUUCAUCACCCUACUCAUCACUUCGGCACUCACCACUAUUUUCACAUUACGCAGAUGAAUAAUAUAAUUUUAGAUGUUAUAUUAAAGGAAUCGGAAUAAUAUGAGACGGUAGAAAUGGCAUUUUUGUUUUUGAAGUGAUAUGUCGUAAUCUUGAAUUGCACGCACAUUUCAGCGCAGUUAUAAAGCUGUAUUAUAAUUAUUUACAAUUAUUUAUAAUUAAGUUUAUAUCUAGGUGUACUUUAAGAUGAAAAAAUAUGGUGUCACAUCACAACCAUAGUUGUAAAGUCACAUUCACCAGUAGACCACUUCUGUAGUCUUACAUUAUUCCGAUUUCUAUGUUUUAUACUUUAAAUUGUAGAAAGAUAUUUUAAGAGAAUUACAUUUGAUUAAUAUAAAUACAAACAUUAGGAUGGAUCCACUAAUUACUCGUAUCAAUUAAAAAAGCCGAAACGAGCAAAGAUGAGUCAAAAGCUUAAAACGGUUAAAUCAAUAGCAAGCUAUAAGUAAUUCUUAAAAGCUUUGAAAAUAUAUAAAUUACAAAAUUAAUAAACAAUAAGAUAUUUUACUUAUUUUAAUCAAAUCAUAUACCUAUUUAAUUUUUAACUGAUACAGUUACAACCAAAAGUUUAUUGUUAAUUAUUCAACAAAAUCAGUUUUUAUCGAAAUAAAUACUGUUAUUAACCGAAAUAAAUAAAAAAAAAAUAUCAGGGUUUUUUUUAUAAUUUUUUUGAUUAAAUAAAAACUUGUAUAUUUUUAUAUAGUUGUUAAGAGAAAUAUAUUUGUUAUUGUAAAUAGCAUUUAAUUAAAAUAACAUUAGAAUAUUUUGUGAUAAC